UCCAAACUAGCACUGAAUAUUACCUGCAGAUUGUACGUUAACAUAACCUCUCUUCUGCGCGCACUGCUUCACACCAGUAGAACUUGUUUCAAACACUUUAGUGGGAGGAUACAAGGCAUGUUAGCACAGCACUCUCGUCUUGCGCGCAACCCGGAGAGUGAGAAAGAGCUCCUUCAACAGUGCUUGACGAUUGCCCGGGGCAGGGGGAAGCUUCCCUCGCAGUCAGGCAGCAGGUGCUGAGAGCACAGAUCUUGCGAGUCUGUCGAUAAGGAAUGUCAGGGUGUCUGCCGAGAGGUGGGCGAGCCGUUUGUUUCGGGUUUCAAUCCUUCUGGUUUUCUGCUCCGGCGACGGCGUGUAUGGGGACUUCCAGCGAUUGCUCAGGAGUUAUCAACGUAACCAACCCCGGGCACCCCAUAUGAAAUGGACUUGGAGCACAGGAGGAUUAGACAAGGCAGGAAACGACAGCGACUAAGAGAGAUGCACAUUUCCAAUGGCGAGGAGAUGGAAACCCUCAAGGACAACCUGAUGGACACACCCUGUCUAAAGAACCACUUUGCCAUUUGCCAAGAGGGAAGUGUCUCCUUUAAUGAGCCGACAGAGCUGAUGCUGAAUGGUAAACGGAGGAGCAGCCUUGACCCGCCAAGCAGCGAGGAAGGGAAAGAGAAGGAUGAGCAGGAGCCUAAGGCCCAGAGAAACCCCGGUACCUGUCUGUUCAGACAGCAAGGAUUGAGACCCAAGGUGGAUCUCACGAGACAGUUGGCCUUGCCGCUCAGUAACUGCGAAACCCAGGUGGACGCUCAGCUCCGACUCAACGGGGGCCAAGGGACUGCAGAGAGCUGGGCGCAGGCUGACGUGGGUGAGGACAAUACAGUUGUCACAUCAACUCCGGCAAGCUGCUCGCUGUCCGGCCGCCAGAUCGUGGGCAAGGCCGACAGCUGGCCGCACCAGCGCCUACCCACGGACAGCAGCUUCAGCACUGCCUCCAAGAGUGACUUCUCACUCAACAUGCUGCUGGCCGAGGUGGAGAGGGAUGAGGCGGGUUCCAGGCAGAGGAGACCCUCACAAGGUUCGGACCAGGAGAAAACUGCAAGGAGAAAAAUGCGAGUGUACUCAACGGAUAGUCCAAGUGAAGAGUCUUUCAGCAGUGGGAGCCUGGACUGUGAAUCCAUGUUUACAGGGACCCUGUUUGAUGAUGACUUGAAAGACAAUGAUUUCCUAAGCCAAAGCUUCUCACUGGAUGAUGAGGUUGGACCCUUGGACUCUAGUUCUGUUGAGCUCCCACUGGAUUCAAUGCCUGGACUGGAGCCUGAACCGGAAAGUAAAAGGGAAUUAGUUGCCCGGGGUCAGAGCCAGCCCCUCGCUGCAUGCAUGGAGCAAGAGAAGCGGCGGUUCUCAGCUUCUGAACUGAUAAACAGAUUGCAUCUCUCUCAGAAAAAAGUAGCACAGGCUUUGAAAAUCAGUAAGUCCCUGUCAGGAAGAUCUUCGUCCAGAGAGAAGUUGACAGCUACCAUCUCCCUUGAAGGUAGACGGAGUGCAAAACAGAAGAGUAAAUCUCUGAUUGCAAUCAACAGCAACACGUCUCCAAAGCCACAAAGGGAUGGUCUCAUCUUUGAUAGUCCUCCACCCCACACAUGGAGGUCAAGCACUCUUCAGAGGAGAGUGGGGUCAGAGGAGGAAAUAAGUGCAAAACAACAGAGAGAAAGAAGGCACUCCAGGUUUCUGAUGGGCUAUUCACCAAACAUGAUCUGCAGUGCACACCCCAGUAUUAGUGGCUCAAAUGGUUCUGUUCCCACAGCAAUCCUUUAUCAGGAGUACAGCAAUGUGGCGAGUGACCGUGAAAUCCAAAGGCAGAAGCGGGCAGACACGGUUAUUGAGGACGAUGAUGUUAUCCUCCCCAGCAAGUGCAACUCCUUGCCACAGAACCUCUUCCGGUCACAACGGCCUGCCCGGGGGAAUGCAUUUGCUCUUUGGCAGGACAUCCCAGAUGUGCGGAGAAGUGGGUUACUGGACAGAAUUGGCAAUGAGCAGAGAAAGUUACAGGAGGCCAAGUUUGAACUGGUCACUUCGGAAGGAUCCUACCUUCAUAGCCUCACCAUAACGGUUGAACAUUUCCAGAAUUCCAAGGAGCUCCAGGAAUGUCUCAAUGCCCAGGAAAAGCAGUGGCUGUUCUCAAAACUGCCUGAAGUCAAGGAAGUCAGUGAAAAGUUCCUGCAACAGCUGGAGGAGAGGCUGGAGAAGGAUAUCUUGAACUUUGAUGUGUGUGACAUUGUGUUGGCCCACUGCCCUGCUUUCAGGAGAGUCUACCUACCUUACGUCACCAACCAGGCCUACCAGGAACAGACAUACCAGCGGCUGCUGCAGGAGAAUCCCAGGUUUCCAGGUAUUUUGGCCAGGCUGGAGGAGGAUCAGAUCUGCCAGCGGCUGCCUCUCGCCUCAUUUCUAAUCCUACCGUUCCAGAGGAUAAUGCGACUGAAAAUGCUGGUGGAGAAUAUACUGAAGCGGACCAAACAGGGAUCCCGGGACGAGGAGACAGCCACAAAAGCCUUUGACAAACUCAAGAAGCUCACACAGGAGUGCAAUUCCAGUGUGCAGUCAAUGAAGAGGACAGAAGAACUCAUUCACCUCAACAACAAAAUCCAUUUUGAGAGUAAGAUUUUCCCACUGAUCUCACAGUCCCGGUGGUUGGUGAAGCACGGGGAGCUGACUGAGGUGGAUUCACAGACCAAUAACACGGCAGGGUCAAAGUUCAAGCUUUCCAACAGACCCAUCUACCUGCACCUCUUCAAUGAUUGUCUUCUGCUCUCCCGAAAGAAGGACACAGGGAAGUUUGCCGUGUUUGUCCACGCUAAGACCGAGGAGCUGAGGCCGAAGGACCUGAACAUGAAGGUGCAUGGGAUCCCAGGGCACGUCUUCCACCUUCAGCUGCUCGGGAAGCAGCACGCCAAACAGCAGAUCCUGCUGCGGGCCCGCACCGAGAGUGAGAAACAGCGUUGGAUAACGGCUAUGCUGCUCACAGAGCAAGAGACUGAGGCGGAACAGAUGGAUCUGGAGCAGGAUGACUCUCCGCAGGUUCAGUGCGUCAAGACCUACAAGCCCCUGGAAGCUGAUGAGCUGGCACUGGAGAAGGCUGAUGUCCUUGAAGUAAAGACAAGAACGAAAGAUGGCUGGAUAGAAGGGAUCCGACUGUCAGAUGGAGAGAGAGGAUGGUUUCCAGAAAGCUACGUGGAGGAGAUAACAAACCGAAAUGCCAGGAUACGAAAUCUGCGGGAAAAGAAUAGAAUUAAGCAUGCAACCCAGAAACUCCAGGAAGAACAUCAGUGACCAAUGGCAGUGCUGCUUUUAAGAACAUUUGUGGAGUGUUGGACUAUACACAUCCCAGAUUUUAGGAGCAAAUAACAGAUUCAAACGAGUCCCUGAGCAAUUUGCACUGAUUACGUUUCCCGGUGAACAUGGUUGAUUUCAGGUGCCCACAGCCAUUGAUGUAGGGAUGCGAUAGCUGGUCAUAAGUUGAAUUCCCCUCACCUAAAUAGACACCAGCUGGCAUCCUUAUCUCUAUGAUGGGAGGGUGAAAGGACAAGUCUAGAGAGGCUACGUCUCAAUGGGUUGGUGCAAGCACAACUCUGAAUGGUAAUGAGUCAGUCCCCUUUGUAUCUGAAACCUGAGGUCCAGAGCUACCAGUUGGAGUGCUGGCUUUAGGUCGGUGGUUGGGAACCAGCAGCCAAGAGAAUGCAUGUGGUAAAUAACUAACCAUGAAUUAAACCCUCCACAUUGUCCUCCUCCUGUCCAAACCAGAGAGCUCCAGCAACAGUAUGUUGCCCCCUUAUUAGCAACAAUUCAGAUUUAACCUUAGACUGACAGUCUUCAGGGUUGCAGGGCUGUACGUCAUCCAAUGCCUUGCCCCCUGUGAAGUGGACCUUCUCCCACUCAGGAAGCGUGGGUAGGGAACAGACACAUUCUGUUGCUGAAGGGAGGGUUUACUGUGUGUCAGGAAGCUGGUAUUGCUGCCAAUUCAGGAGGAACUAGGACUUUAGCAUGACCCAGAGCUGUAUCCCUCCACACCUGUAACAUGGCAACAUUUCCACCAUCCAAUGUCCUGCCAGUGAGGGCUACUGAGCAGCAGUUCCAGUCAUUUGUUGUCAUGGUUACUGAGCAGCCUAUCAAACCAGCCUGAUAGAUUUAAGCUUGCUCGAAGCAGCUAUUGGCCUCCCUCAGCUCCUAGGCUCCAAAGCCACAGCACUCCUGGACUUUGACCAAAAGCCCAACUCAUGAAAACCAGCCACUGCUUCAAUCACCAAAUAAGACUAGCUGCUUCAGAUCCCAUCAGACCCAAAUUAGACAAAGACUUUAAGAUGGGUUUCACCAGCAAUCAAUUAUAGUCACUCGAUUCACUCCAUUUAGCAAUAGAACCUUCAGCAACUCUGAAGGAAUGCUGCAGUCAGCCAAGAAACAACCUGGGACUGACAUAAACUGCAGGAGAAAUAAAACCCAGCAUUGCUUCAGGGGGAGAAUGCAAGUGCUUGAAGCGUUCUUCAUGUUUACUGCCUCUGACAUUAUGGAAUCCCCUGAGUUUGUGGGCAAAACUUUUGUUUCUGCCUUUAUCCAGGCAAUGGGGCUGCUGGCUCCUCGCCCAAAGGCCUAGUUGUAAAAAGAGGAGGGUACUGUUCUAGCAAAACCGAGGUCGAGGGCUCAAAUCCCACCACGGCACGGCACGAGAUGGAAUUCCAUAAAUCUGAUGCCAGGGAAAACCAUUCAAAUGCUCAGAUGAUUAGUUAACUCUUUCAGAGAGGGGAAACCACCACUGUUACCUGGUCUGCCCUGGGUGGCCAGCACUCUCUGAAGUGGCCUCCCAGUAAGCAAUCACUCCAAGGAUAAUGAGCGAUGGACAAUAUACAUAUGUUUGCUGUGACUACCACAUAGUAACAAGCGAGCAUCUGCUGACUGUGUCAUUGCAGCAGCCUCCAAAUCUCCUCACUGCAACAUUUUGUAUAAUUCUUUAACAAUUCAUGGUGUCCAUAACUGAUGCUGGCUUAAAACUUAAAUUCCCAGCAGCCAUGGUGGGAUUUGAACCCGCAUCUCUGGAUCUAAUGGGCCAGCAACUUUCUCACUGGGCUACUGUACAUUACGAUACCCUAUGCUAGCUCACUCUAUCACCUUGUUCUGCAUAUUUGUACACUGUGUUGUUCAUGACUGGAUGAUGUUUCCAAGGUAGCUAUAAGCUGCAUGCAUCUAGUGCUGGUUACCCUGGUUAAGGUGCCAUUUCUAUGGAAUAAGUUAUAACAUUUACAGAUUUAAAGCUGUUCAUUGUAUAAAUACAUUGUAAUUUUGAUUGGGACUCUCUCUCCUGCUGUGUACAUUUUAACAGGAGAAUGCAAGUUUACUUGGUGACGGGACGUGAUGACUCACUGACCUUUCACCUUUGGGAUCUGGGCUACCCUGGAGGUGCAGGUGUUUAUUUGUCAGAAGGUUGGCAUUCAUGUUUGCAUAUUUCUCAGAGGUAAAGAGGUAUGAGACCCAAACCGGCCUGCCUGGUGCAGACUGCUAAGUUAUAAGAGUGGGGGGAAGGUGCGGAGAGAGACAUUCCUCCACUCUCGACCCUGGUUCAGGCUAGAAGCCUCCAAGGUCAUCACUCGGAUACUAGGUGUCUGUGCCACAUCCUUCAACCUGUGUCUAAAGUCAGUGCAUCACCUGUGGCACACUGACUGAAAUUCAUUGCAUUAUUGUAAAAGUUUCAAUUGAAUGAUAUAUAUAUUAUUAUAUACCACUGCCAUCUUAAGCCAGCACUCCCUCCGGGGGUGCACCUGUGCAGGCACUUUGUAUAUGUACACAGGUAAUAACUGAGCUACUAUGCACGUGUAUGCAGGCCAUGUACACAGCAUCAGCAAAUAUCUAAGCAGAAAUAUUUGAUGCUUGGAUCAAAUAUGGUUAUUGACAGCUGAUUUAUACACUGGAAUAGUGUGAGGAUUUUCAGAUAUUAUUGGAUGUUUAAUGAUUAUACACCAUCAAAACACUGAUGUAACAUUUCUAUUUGGUGUCAUAAUUAAAAAUAUCCUUACCAUCUCAUGAUAAA